ACAAUUUCAUCUAUCCUUAACACCUUAUAAUUAUAAUGGCAGCUAGUUACACAGAUACUGUUCUAUUUUAAUGGCUACAUAUUUACAGUUAAUCAUCAUACAUUAAGUGUAGGUCUUAUCACUAAUACAUAAUUGUUCGAGCUAUGGAGAAAUCACAGUCAUAGCGGAGCUGCUGUUUGUUAUUAUUAUUUAGAGAGUGGAUAUCUCUCCAACACUAACACCGGAGGUCCACAUAUGCAGCAGACCAGCCUGGAAUCCACACCUUGCAAAGCAUAAAAUUAUAAUUGAGAAAGUACAAAAGUUUAAAGCGCGAUUAAGAGUUAAGAGGGCUGAGCAAGGAGAAUAGGUUAAGGGAACUAGAUCUAACAACCCUGGAGGUAAGAAGAAACAGGGGACAUGAUUGUAGCAUACAAAAUACUGAGGGAACUUGAUAAGGUAGAUAAGCACAGCCUUUUAAAUUGAGAGAAAGUAGGGAAAGAGUACAUGUGUGGAAUACCCUGUAAGGGCGGUCAACAAGUGGAAUGCACCUGAAAGAAUUUGUGGAAGCCACCUCUAAAUUUAAGGCUAAAUUCAGUUAGGAAUUCGGAAGUCAGAAUAGUUAAAUUAUAACACAACAGGUACAACAUGGUCAGUAGGCUGGGCAUGAAGAGCUACACCUCACUUCUGUGUAGUCACUGAUUGGAAAGUACAGGUGUAGUGCACUGGUGGUGCAGAACACUGGUGGUGCAGACUUGUGUAGAACACUGGUGGUGCAGACUUAUGUAGAACACUGGUGGUGCACACUGAUGGUGCACAACCGCCUGUGGGUUUAAGACCGGCCAGUGUGAGUCAGCACCACCCGAGGGCCGACGGUAUGGUCCUCAUCCCAGAGUUCGUCAGUCUGCAUCCAGACAGAGUGAGGGACGGACACAUCUUUCCCUUCCGUCCACCUGCCCGUCGCUCGUCACCCCGUGUAUAUGCAAGUGCCAGCCGUCACUCCCAGACAAGUGUCUAUCACCCAAGUUUUACCAGCUGGGUGAUAUACUGGCAUUAUUUAUCGUCAAGCGAUACGUUGUCAUUGUUAUUCUUACGCUACUCCAGUGAUUUUAGCGUUUAAUAACGAAGUUAUUGUUAAGGUUUCUUGAAGAAGUGGGCGUGGGCCUCCAGCGAGCGUGGGAAGGAAGGGAAGACGUCGCGGCGGGUGUAAGCAAGCCUUCUCCACUAUUAGGUUACUGCCGCCAUGAUGCUGAAGCAAGGUGUGAUGCUGCUGCUGACGCUGCUCACUCUGCAAGGUGACGCCACAAGGCACCUUCAGCGUCAUCACCACCACCAAGGCGAGGUGCACCAUCACCACAGGGAACACUUACGGAGGCGGAGCAAGCACGACGGCACAUUGCCCACGCCCGUCACAGUGAGGGAGGAGCCUGAGGAGGGCAUCCCUGUAGGGGAGGCGCUGGCCGCCCUCUCCCAGUGUCCUCCUCCCAUCCAGCCCUUUCACCAGGACCUGUGUGGAGUCCCCGCCUGCCUCCACCACUACCAGUGUCCCCAGAGCCGCUUGUGUUGCUUCAACGGCUGCGUCCGCACCUGUCUCCUCGGUGUGGAGAGUCCCCCAGUUAUCGACUGGGUAGAAGACACAAGCGCCGUCUUGCCUAUUCUGGAGGAAUCAGGACCACCAGAGCUGCCGGUGCGGUACGAGGACCUUUCCUAUGCUGAGGGUCGGGAGGAGGAGGUGCACCUGCCUGGCGGGUGUACAAUAUCAGCAUCUCAGUUCUCCCAGCUUCAAAUCUUCAUGAAUACUCCAAGGAUAGAAAACUGCACGUGUGAGCAGGGAGAGGUGGUGUGUGCCGUCAACAUGCUCCAGUUAUAGUGGUGUGCGUCGUCCACAUGCUCCAGUCAUAGUGGUGUGUGCCGUCCACAUGCUCCAGUCUUAGUGGUGUGUGCCGUCCACAUGCUCCAGUCAUAGUGGUGUGUGCCGUCCACAUGCUCCAGUCAUAGUGGUGUGCGCCGUCCACAUGCUCCAGUCAUAGUGGUGUGCGCCGUCCACAUGCUCCAGUCAUAGUGGUGUGUGCCGUCCACAUGCUCCAGUCAUAGUGGUGUGUGCCGUCCACAUGCUCCAGUCAUAGUGGUGUGUGCCGUCCACAUGCUCCAGUCAUAGUGGUGUGUGCCGUCCACAUGCUCCAGUCAUAGUGGUGUGUGCCGUCCACAUGCUCCGCCAUCUCAACGGAAUGCCCAGCAAGACAAGCCGAAAUACAGAUGAUGACUGACGCCAGACAAGCCUCCACUACUACAAGAACAAUAAAAAUCUUUCAACAUCCAGGCGGGAGUCUUUCCAGAUCUCCUGACAAAUGGCGCCACAAGCGGCUCACCCAGCCCAACCAAUCACCGUUGAUGUUGGAAUAGUAAUUAAACAACUGCUGCAAACUAUAUAAAGAUGAACCUUGGUAAACAUUACUGAACAGGGACAUAUAUGCUGGAAUGACGUACUAUAUACUAGCAUACAACAAGAUCAAAUGGACAGGAGUGACUGAGAUGUCUUUUUAAAAGCAUUUCCACUGAGCAAGUUUCUGGAUGUAUACAACUGAAAGUUUCUUAACUGAUACGUUAAGAAACUUUAAAUAUAAUUUUUUGUAAGAUGAAAUUCAGAAUCAGUUGCAUAUAUUUAGUGACAAUCAUAUAUUGCCCUCUGUAUUUUUAACUUGUAAUGCUAGCGCUGAAGCUUAUACAAAGUUGUGUAUAUUGUAAAUGCUACUACAGAUACGUGCAAUUCUUUUCAACAUAAAUUUUAACUGAUUGAGCCAGGAUGACCACAAGCUAUUUUUUGUAUUGGAGUAUGCGACAUACGCUAAAUACAUCGUAUGAGUGUUUAAUUAGAGCUAAUGCACCAGAAUUCAUCAGAAUUCUGACGCACUAGCCUGAUGAAUAGCCUGGUGCUAGAAUGCACCAGGGUAUUCAUCAGAAUUGUAUUUAAAUUUUACUUUGUUCUAACUGAGGCUACUAAACUUAGUUCUAGCGAUAUUAGCUGCUCUAGUAAUUAGUUACUGCUUAAGGGAUCUUGCUUAGGUGGGUUUAGUGUCAGUGUGACUUUGUAAUGACAACUAAAUGAGAAAAAAGAAUGUAAUUAAUAUGAUGUGACCUUGUAUGUCAUAUUGUACGAUGAUGAUUAGCAACUGCUAGCAUAAGGCUUCACUAUCUCAAGAACACUAUAUUUCGGGCUCUUCGCCUGGAGGCAACUUUAGUAUCGCUAGUGAGCUAGCCUUCUUGAUUCUGACUUCACACAUGCACCACACAUCUAGCUCCACACAUGCACCACAUAUCUAGCUCCACACAUGCACCACAUAUCUAGCUCCACACAUGCACCACACAUCUAGCUCCACACAUGCACCACAUAUCUAGCUCCACACACAUGCGUUGUGCGAUGCCGUGUACUCGUCUGGUUACAAUCACACAUGUCUUAUAGAGGAACAUUAUGGUUGUAAUGUGGUGCAGACAUUGUGACUACGGUACAAUAUAGAGAAGCUUAGUUAUAAAUUAAUGUACUCUUUGUUGGUGAUUCCAAAGUUAAAAAGAGUAAAUGAACAAAUCCACAAGUGCCGUGAUGAGUGUUCGAAUCUACGUCCGAGAGGAUCUCAGACGCGACUUAAUCGACUGAGCCACGACAUGGUAAAAGAAUUUGAUGCAUCACGCUAUUGUGAUUUCUGUGUGUCAAAUAGAGUAUGUGGAGUUGGAUAUUUCUAAUUAAUUUCUAAUUUAGAUUUCUAAUUAGACAUGCUGUCUUAAUUUUGAUAUUUGUGUGAUCUCAAGCCCUUAUGUAAUAAUAAUAAUAAUAGUUAUUUAGAAGAAGGGACAAUAGGUAUGGUAGAUUACAUGAUUGGUAUGUUUAUUUUUACAUUCUUGCAAAGCCACUAACACGCAUAGCGUUUCGGGCAGGUCCUUAAUGUAACAUGUCAGGUAAGAUGAAAGGUACAUUGUAGCAGUUUUAUUUCAACAUAUAACUACAAUACAAAUUGACAGGUGAUUGCACUGGUGAAGAUAUAUGUCUUUAAGUACUUAAUAUUGGGGAAGUAGGUAGUAUAAGAUAAAGUGUGAGUUUAAAGCACACGGUGGGAACUAUGAGGAUGAAAUUAGGUACUCUUUGGUUUUACUUUUGAAUAAGACAUAGUUUGGAAUUUUGUUUAAUUCGUUAGGGAGUGAGUUCCAUAGACUGAGUCCUUUUGUUUGCAUGAAGUGUUUGUAUAGAUGUAGUUUGACUCUGAGGGAUAUCAAAUAGAUAUUUAUUUCUGGUAUGGUGCUCAUGAGUUCUAUUACACUUAUCAAGGAAAAGUUUCCAAACAUUCCCUCUAAUGUUUAGGAAUGACUCCUAAACAUUCCCUCUAAAGCGUUAUG